CCUUCUUACAUGCCAACCUCCAGCGCAUUCCUUUGGGCUAGUUAUGUUUUUGCUUUUCGUUUAUUCCACUUCAAAUAUUGCCAAAAAUAGCAGCCGUCUACAUCUUCUUUCAUCGUCUACAAAUUAGCUUUUUCCCGCUUCCUAUGCGUAUUCCUUUUUUGGUUUUUCUAUCUUGCGUUCCUGGUCUUGAUGAACAACAACAAUAACGAGCAAUUGAUGAUAAGUAUAUGUACGCAAUUUUUCACAUAUCUCUGAGGGUAGAAAUCGAUUCCUGACAAGCCAAAUUGGACCGACCGGAUACGACCACUGGGUCUUGCAGACUGACAGAAAACAAGAUCCAUGAGGUCGCCGAUUCAACAACGAACGCAACCCAAUCGGCACAUUGUUCAUAUCCAGUAAGAAGUUAACCAUAACCGCCGAGGCUCACAGUUUUGUUCUUGGUCUGCAUGUUCUCGCGAGGACUAGCUCCCGCACGGCAAGCAUGAUGUUGACCGCCAGGCCAGGUAGGAGACGAAGGAUUAUAGUACACCCACAGCCAUUCUUUCGUCAACAGCUGGUACUGUCAACAUCUUGUACGAUCCUAUUAAGCUUCUUGAGGGAGAAGCAACUGGUUCACGCGACCGCAGUAUCGACUGGGGAUGCUCUGUGUCCGUGCAUAACGCCCAAUCUCUCUUCUUUCGUGGAUCCAGGCACUUAUGAAGUCAUCCGGUUGUUUUCUGGUCGAACUACUUGUAUUAUAACUACUUCUUGUCCUUCGUUCUGUAUGAACCAUUUUGGAGAGGCGUGUACGAUGUGCCUGGCCUUUCAAAUUUCUUGGAUAUCAGAUUAUAAGGUCAAUGGACAUCCUCAUCCCUAACCGUUUCGUCAUUCCCCAGCUUAUCUUCGGCUCCUCGCCUUGAUGACAUUUUUUGAAUUUCAUUCAAGCAUUUCCUCUUGUAAGUAAGAGCCAUAAACAGAAGCCAAACUACAUGAUUCUUGUUUUUCUUCGUGAUUCUAAGCUGCAUCGAAACUGAAAGCAACUUCUGGUGGGAACCAGUACCUUUACCCAUCUGACUACGGGCAAGCGAAGUGCAGUAAGUGGGACGUCGGCGAGCAGCCUUAUUGUGCCGAUAGCACGAUGGCACCCCUCCUAGACGCACCUGACUGGUACAAGCGAUGAUAUCCCCUACCUUCACAAUCUUGUUAUCCUCCUUCUUCCAGCACCAGCUUUUUUCAACCUCUACAGAUUCUAUCGAAGACGCUGUUCCUCUUCACCGCUCUUUAUAUAACACCUCCAAACAGGUGUCAAAAGCAGUGGUGCUAUGUGGACUCUUCGAACUGCGCGGCGAGCUUUGCUCCAGCGCGAAAUCAAUACUUUAGCUCGCUCACCAGCCUCUACUAUUCGUAUCGAACUUGCGGUGAGUCCAAUUCUUUCGCCACCUGGUCCGCGUCAAGCAGCUCGGCCACUGCCAUUAUUAGCUCGGUCGAAAACACCCUAAAAACCAUCAAACGCGAAGUCGAAGCGCAUUUCGUCGGCCUGAAUGAUUAUGUUGGGCAUGAUGAUGAAGGCUGUCCCUGUCUGCAAGUCGUGACGUAUCGCCAUUCUCAUUGCUGCACCUGCAGCUUAAGUAAUCAAUAACAAAUCACGUUUUUCAAAUACAUUAUACUCAUCGUUGUAGUCGUAAAACGAGGACGAGGAGGAGGACGGGCAUAGACUUAUAGUUCGAACUCUAUCCGCCAUUUUUAACAUCUUACUUGUUGUUGUUGAGAAAGUUGAGCUUCGGGUUUAUUUGGACGCUUGUACACUUAUUCAUCAAUAUCAUAAUUGCUUUGGAGCAGCUCUAAUUUUCCGGGACUAUUUCGAGUGCCGAUUGUGCUGCGCACCUCGAUAUGAACUUAUGUUCGUCUUGCCCUACGGUGCCAACAAGUGGCAUACCAUGGAAUGGCGUCGCGCCUAAAAUGGACUUCUCUUCGACCGGAACCUUCAUGGCGGACGGCAGCGAAGCUGUUUACAAGUGCUUAGGUGAAGCGGUAUGUUUAUUUUACCUUUUAGUAUUUUGGUUUUUCACGAGAGCAUGAUCAUGAUGUUGGUGGUUCAAUAACAUUUGGUAACAACUACAGAUGCUGAAACCAGUUACAUCAACUUGCUUCAAGUCGCCUGGACUAGUAGUGAAAGUAUAAUUUUUUCCAUUGAAUCUGAAUCAAGCGGUAUAUAUAAGUAACUAAAAUAUAGGAAUACAGCCCAUGUACCCCUUGUGAUGAAAUAAUCGCUCGUAGAAUAAUGCUGAAUUUCAGCUGCCGUGGCAAGCGAAAUUGAAUUGACGUUUAGUGACUGUCACCGAGUAAUCCUUCCAAUAAUCCUUCCAAUUCCCCCGCCUGCAGCUUUCUCUUUUUUUUGCUACAGUUUCAAGUGCAAUUUCUUCGGGUCGCGAAUUCUGAGUACGAUAUGAGCGGAAAAAGCCGUGUCGCUUACCUGUAUGCGGGAUUCGCGGACCGUGGUAACUAUAUCCAGUGGCCGGCGAUGGAAUGGAACAAGGGGACCUGGGAUCCGCGAUUUCGUCCGUGGUAUGCCAUGGUCGCAUCAGGGCCAAAGAACAUCAUCAUCGUGAUCGAUAUUUCUGGCAGCAUGGGCAUUCAGAACCGCUUGAGCCUGGCUCAAAGCGCGGGUGUUAAGGUCUUGGGAACGCUGACUUGGCUCGACUACUUCACGGUUAUCGCAUUCUCAAGCCGCGUUAUUGGCUAUUCACCUCACCUGAUUCCAGCGACGAAAACCAAUCUAGACGCUGCAACAACAUGGAUCAACGCGCUAAGCCAGGGAGGAACGACCAACUUCCGCGAUGCGCUCGACACAGCUUUCGCCCUUGGGAAAAGAGGAACAACAUUCGACGGCGCAUCAGACCCAGACCGGUGUUACUCAGCGCAAUGCAAGACGGCGGUAAGCAGUACAAAAUGUGGAUUCAUUCACUUGUUCUACACGUUGACGCUGACAUGAUUUUGGAUGAUUCAACAUAUUUUGUUCUCUGUUCUUACUUAGUAAUCCCUCAGAAUGAUUCCAGUUGAGAGACCCAAUGCAGUCAGGUUAGAAAGCGAAGAUUUCUUUCGUGCUGGUGGAAUAAACUUCGUGGACGGGGGGUCGUGUACUUCCAAUAAGAGUGCUAGCACUCACGCACCCUCAUCCACGCUUUCGCUUACCAAAGCAUAUCGCCUACCCCAGGUUCUUUUUCUUUCUGACGGGGUACCGGAUACUUGGCAGCAAAUCGACUACAACCGUUUGAAGACCGUGAACACUGGCGGAAUUCGUCUCUUCACCUACGCUUUGGGCUCGGGCGCAGACUCGACUGUUUUGUCUCAAUUUAAGGCUUAUGACAUUAAUUCAUCUCGCUCCACAGUUCAUCUCUCUGUAUUUUCUUCUUUCGGAUUGGGAACUGAGUAUGAGAAGAUGAACCCAAAUGAUGAAUUGCUCUGAGCUCUAACCAAUUGGCGGCAGAUCACAACGGAGCAUUACAAACAUAAGGCCUAUCCUAUGUAGACGUUUAGUGUUCUAGACAUAGAAGAUCAUUACUUCUUGUGCAUCUUCAUUUACUUCUACAUAUCUCUUCCCUCUAAUGCGUUGUCGCGGAUGGUGGAAAUCUUCCCAACAUCAUGGCAGACUACUUCAACAAUUUAGCGUCGGACCGGGAUGUGAAUGCUGUCCGUUGGAUGGAAUACGCGGAUUCUGUGAGCGGGACACAGCUUUUGGCAGGCUGCAUUGCAAUUGACGACACGCGGAUGGGCGCUUCGCCGAAAACGCUGCUGGCGGUGGCAUGCAUGGAUGCCAACAUGAUCACGUCUCUGGCUCAGCUUGCGACCUUAACCGGCUACAACACUUUUCGUGCCCAAUACGAGCAGCAGUCACGCACGUGCGCCUCAGGCACGAACCCCUACCUAGAAAUGAACACCAUGCAGUGUGCGCAAAAGUGGGAACUGGUAACUACCUGUGGUGCCGGGUCUGACUGCCUCAACACUGUCUACCCCACGCCCACCGCAGGCUCAGGCGGGAACAGCGGAAGUGUUACGAACUUCAUCUCGUGAAGCUGAAGGGGUUUUGUCAUAACUUUAAUUUCCAUGACGCAAAUAGUGCGAUGAAUAACAAUGAGAGAUACUUGAGUUCAACUCGAAAGAACCACGAUCGAUGCGACCAUAGGCUUGAUUGUUCGGUAACACCCCAAGAACCUUACUGUCUCUAACAACGGAGGAAGUGGUGGCUCAGGCUCCGGAGGGGGAUCGUCAUCAGACUCGCAACACGAAAAACCAAGUAGUGACGGCAGUGCAAUGGGAUUGAUUUUUGCGGGAAUUGGUGGCUUUCUUGCGCUUUCUACGGUUUUCUAUAUAGCAAGAAGUGCUAUGAAGCCACGGGCUUCAACAACGACCACAUCAUCGGGAGGUCCACACGCGAUGCCAACAGGAAGAACGUCGCAACAGCCCAGCGUAACACCUGCAGCUGGCGGAAUGAUUUACCAUCAACAAAGCCCCCAGCCGGCCGCACCUAUAUACUUAUGCAUGGCGAGCAAACUCAUUUUGCGAACUUUCAUUCAUAAGUCGGUCCCACAUUCUAUUGACAUCAAAUAAUUGAUAUUCUUAUGAAGAUAAGCUACGAUUACAAUCUUGACUGAGACGGAGAAAAGGGUUUUCUCUAACACAUGGCACCCCUGGCGUACAGUAUCAGAGCCCGGAUAUACAGUAUCACCAACAAAGCCCUGCACAGUAUAACCCUGCGUUUAUGCAGCAACUGCAGCAGGGUCCGUACGUAAUGCAACAGCAAUCGCCUCGACCCGACCCCGGCUCAGCUGGAAAAACCAACGAGCCGAUGAUUAUCAUAAUGGACAGAGGAGGCGGUGCCGCGAGAAGCAGCUAGCAAAGCCAGGGGAAGAGAUGAAAUUAAUAUUGUUGUAGAAGUUUUUCAGUUUUUAGUUUUAGAAGUUCAUGACGCAUACGCAUAUGGCUAAAUGAAGAGUUGCUAAAUGCAUUUUUUUGCUCAGACUGAUAUCUUGCAUUUCCGAUUAUUUGAUCAGGGCUUUCAAUUGCGACCGCAUAGUUUUAGUUUGCAGGGCAGGAGCUACUAGAGCUAGUAUAUCUUCAACAUACAUAGAUAUGAUCAUGAUGCAUUUGCAUGCGAGUUGCACGAGCACGGUUGCUAAUAUCAAAGUUUGAAACAAGAAAGACAAGGAAUUCCAAUGUCUAAUGCCAUUAGUGAAAAUGGCUCGUUCAAUGUCGAAAGUUGUACCUUCCCAUUCCAUGAGCAUGACCAUGAAGAUCAUCGACGUGAUUCACUGUAAGUACACGUACAGUGAAUGAGCAUGAGCAUGACCACAGAGUAGAAGAAGAGUAGGAUCUCAUUGUGGUAGCUAGUUUCCGGUCUGGUCUUGACAUUCUGUCCUUCUUGAGCUAUCAUUUCCAAACGCUAGUCGAGC